GUAAGUGUACACAGCUGGUGGGGUGGAAGAGAUAUAAGGAGGCUUGUGUGAGAGGGGACUCGGUAUCCAUCAACAUCAUGCUCGCCAUCUUCACUCUCCUCACUCUUCUGGGCUCGACUCUUGCGACCGACUGGAACAACGGCGGUGACGGCGGCCACGGCGGCGGCAACGGCGGCGGCGGUGCGCCUAGCAACGACAAGAAGCCCGUGCCCGCCACAUGGGACGGCACAUGCUACUACCCCCGCCCCGACCCCUACUUCGACCUCGACACCUACUACGGCCGCUGGUACCAGGUGGCGGGCACCGUGUUCCCGUACACGGAGGGGAGCACGUGUGUGGCGGCGUUCUACUCGCCCAACGACGACGGCACGGUCGCCGUCAACAACACGGGCCAGAAGGCCGACGGGUCGUACAACGAGGCACUGGGCGUCGCGCGCCCCGUCGCACCGUGGUACGGCGCCGCCGGCGUGUUCCAGGUCUCGUUCGACGGCGUGCCCGGCUCCCGGCCCAACCCGUGCCCCGGCCCCGACUACAUCGUGCAGGACUACACUGGCGACUGGGCCAUCGUGCAGAGCCGUAACUUUAACACCCUGUUCCUGCUCAGCCGCAACCAGCACCCCGGCGACGAGGCGAUCGAUGCUUGGAUCGCCCGCGCAGGCCGUCUCGGCUCCGACCUGAGCGCCGUUGUCAAGACCGGCCAGGACAACUGCAAGUACCUCUAAUGUAUUUGUUGUACUGCAUAAUGCUCGUUAGUGAGCCAUAUAGUAAAUGGACAAUGUCUAGACC